UGCCGCAUGUGUGAGAAGUCCUACACCUCCAAGUACAACCUGGUGACCCACAUCCUGGGCCACAACGGCAUCAAGCCCCACUCCUGCCCGCACUGCAACAAGCUCUUCAAGCAGCCCAGCCACCUGCAGACCCACCUGCUGACCCACCAGGGCACGCGGCCCCACAAGUGCGGGGUGUGCAGCAAGGCUGCGCACGAGGUGAAGCACGAGAGCGGCCGCUGCCACGUCUGCGUGGAGUGCGGGCUGGACUUCUCCACGCUCACCCAGCUGAAGCGGCACCUCUCCACGCACCAGGGCCCCACGCUCUACCAGUGCCUGGAGUGCAGCAAGUCCUUCCACUACCGCAGCCAGCUGCAGAACCACAUGCUGAAGCACCAGAACGUCCGGCCCUUCGUCUGCACCGAGUGCGGGAUGGAGUUCAGCCAGAUCCACCACCUCAAGCAGCACUCCCUCACGCACAAGGGCGUGAAGGAGUUCAAGUGCGAGGUGUGCGGGCGGGAGUUCACGCUGCAGGCCAACAUGAAGCGGCACAUGCUGAUCCACACCAGUGUCCGUCCCUACCAGUGCCACAUCUGCUUCAAGACGUUUGUGCAGAAGCAGACGCUCAAGACCCACAUGAUUGUGCACUCGCCGGUGAAGCCGUUCAAGUGCAAGGUCUGCGGCAAGUCCUUCAACCGCAUGUACAACCUGCUGGGCCACAUGCACCUGCACGCGGGGAGCAAACCCUUCAAGUGCCCCUACUGCUCCAGCAAGUUCAACCUGAAGGGCAACCUGAGCCGGCACAUGAAGGUCAAGCACGGGGUGAUGGACAUCAGCCUGGACAGCCAAGAUCCCAUGAUGGACCUGGCCGGGGCCGAUCAAGCGGAGCUGGACGGGCAGCAGGAGAUGGACGACUUCGAGGAGGAGAACUCUUACGGCUACGGGGGGGUGGGCAACCCUCCGGACGAGCACGCCCUGACCGAGCAGGCCAUGAAGGAGAUGGCAUACUACAACAUGUUGUAGCUGAGGCUGGCGG